AUGGAUUCUGAUCAUGAAAUUUACGAUAUGUAUUCUGAUGAUGAAGAGGAGGAAGAUUCCACCAAUAUUGAUGAAUCCAAUACAGUUUUUUACAAACAAAAAAAUUACAAAAUUUUGAAGGAUUUCGAUAUUCGUCAACUCAUAAAAGAAGAUAUAUCGAAAAUUUCAACGAUCUUAUCCGUCCCACGAGACGUUUCGUUAGCACUCCUACGUCGUUAUAAUUGGAAGGUUGAUCGAGCUAACGAAGAGUGGUUUGCUAACGAACAAGAAGUUCGUAAGUCUAUAGGUAUGUUUUUAUGUGACAACAAUAAUAACUAUGUUUCAGUAUCGAAAAAAUCGAAAAGUAAUGAUGCUUUUGUGAAUUGUGGUAUAUGUUUUGAGGAAUAUGAUGAUGUGGUUUAUGCUACGUGUAAUAAACAUCCUUUUUGUAAGGUAUGUUGGGAAGGUUAUAUUAGUGCAUCGAUUAAUGAUGGUGGUCCUAAUAAAUGUCUUGCUUUACGUUGUCCCGAUCCAUCGUGUGAAGCUAUGGUAGGUGAAAGUAUGGUUGUUGAAUUAGCAUCGGAGACAGAUAAAUUGAAGUAUUAUGAUUAUUUAUUUCGAUCUUAUAUCGAGGAAAACAAGAAGAUUAAGUGGUGUCCUUAUCCUGGAUGUGAAUGUGUCGUUGAAUUUGAGAUAGGGAGCGAUGAUUAUAGUGUGAUUUGUGAUUGUUCUAAUGGUUUUUGUUGGAAUUGUUUAGAGGAGACUCAUCGUCCGAUUGAUUGCGAUACGAUAGCUAAGUGGAAGGAUAUAAAUCAAGAAGAAUCCGCAAAUACAAAUUGGAUUAUGGCUUUUACUAAAAAAUGUCCAAUGUGUGAUAAAUCAAUUGAGAAAAAUAUGGGAUGUAUGCAUAUGACAUGUAGAUGUGGAUAUCAAUUUUGUUGGUUAUGUUUUAAGAAAUGGGGUGUUUGUGCUAGUCGAUGUAAUCGAUACGAGGAGAAAAAAGAAGUAACAGAAGCGAAGAAGAAUAUUCAAAGGUAUACACAUUAUUACGAGAGAUGGUUAUCGAAUGGAAAGUCGAAAGAAAAGGCUUUAAAUGAUUUGAAAAGAAUGAAAGAUGAAGGGUUGAAAAAAUUAAGUGAUGAUAAUUCUAUACUUGAGAAAGAAUUAGAAUUUAUUAUUGAAGCUUGGGAACAAAUUGUUGAAUGUAGGAGGGUUUUGAAAUGGACAUAUGCUUAUGGAUUUUAUUUACCUAAAGAAGAGGUGGCGAAAACAAGAUUUUUCGAAUAUUUACAAGGGGAAGCAGAGGCAGGUCUAGAGCGGCUUCAUCAUUGCGCGGAGAAAGAAUUGAUGGAACAUUUAGGGUCAAGUAAUGAGAUGGAUUAUACUGAUGAAAGAUCUUAUAAGGAAUUCACGAAUUUUCGAUCGAGAGUUGUUGGGCUGACUAAAGUUACUGGAAAUUAUUUUGAAAAAUUGGUCAUGGAAUUAGAAAAUGGACUACAAGAUGUGACUAAUUCAACAAAAAAAAUUGAACAACCAAUGAGUUCUAGUAAUACUAGCAAUAAUAUGUGGAUGUGUGAUAGGUGCACUUUUUUGAAUGAAGAUAUUCAUACAGUUUGUCAAAUGUGCAUCGAAGAUUGA